AUGGCAAAGCUGCUCCCCGCCAUGGAGGCGGCCAAGAUCUACCACACCAACUACGUGAGGAACGCCCGGGCGGUGGGGGUCAUGUGGGGGACCCUCACCAUCUGUUUCUCGGUCUUGGUCAUGGCCUUGUUCAUCCAGCCUUACUGGAUCGGCGACAGCAUUAACACACCCCAGGCUGGCUAUUUUGGCCUUUUCUCCUACUGCAUCGGCAACGCCCUGACCUCGGAGCUCAUCUGCAAGGGUGGGCCCCUGGACUUCGCCACCAUCCCCUCUGGGGCCUUCAAGACCGCCAUGUUCUUCGUCGGAAUCGCCAUGUUCCUCAUCAUUGGCUCCACCGUCUGCUUCAGUCUCUUCUUCUUCUGCAACACCGCUACCGUCUACAAAGUCUGCGCCUGGAUGCAGUUAGCAGCUGCUACCGGGCUGGCGAUCGGCUGCCUCGUUUACCCCGACGGCUGGGACUCCAGCGAGGUGAAGCGCAUGUGCGGGGACCAGACGGACAAAUACACGCUGGGAGCAUGCACCAUUCGCUGGGCCUUCAUGCUUGCCAUCGUCAGCAUCAUGGACGCCUUCAUCCUCUCCUUCCUGGCGUUUGUCUUGGGCUACCGGCAGGACAGCCUGCUCCCUGAGGGCUACAAAGCAGAUGGCAAAGAAGAGGCUUGAAACAGCUGGACAUUAGGAUAUCUGCUCCUUGGGUGGACCCUGUACAUAUUUUUCAACCCAAAGCUACAGAUUCCGACUCUUCAGAUAGACACUUGACCCCCCUAACCUCUCCACAUGGCAGACUGUACUCCCUCGUACAGUAGACACCAGUGCAACUCCAACCUCGAAUCCUCAGACGGUUUACUGAGUCUUGCCCAAUGGGUGAGACAUCAGGGGAGGGUUUAGAUGCUUAAACACGAGUAUUAAUGAAAGCUAUUUGACCGUAGAUGGGAGUUCUUGGGAGAGGAGUUAUUUAGGGGGUUAGCAGGAACCUCAUUUAAUCAAUCAAACAUAUUUAUUGAGCCCUUUCUGUGUACUUUGGAGAGUACAAUAUAACAGAGUUGGUAGUCCUUGUGGAAGUUCUCCACAAUCAGCUUGCAGUAUGGAGGGGAAUUUAACUCUGCCCACCUGAGAAAAGCUUGAUCAAGUCCAAUAAUCCAGGGGCAGGGGUAACCCAGUCUUCGCCACAAGCCCCUCGGAGACCCUCCUUGAACCAUUUCAGUGCUUGGUAGCUCAAAGAUGAUGGAAGGAGAUAGGAUGAACACUCAGAUAACUAAAAGUGUUACACGCUUGCUAUUGUAAGAUGUGGGGGAGGAAGGCGUUGAAGCAAUUGGUUGAGAAUGAAGAAUGAUAUGAUCCCGCCCUUAAUCAAUCAAAAGUAUUUGAGUGCUUAAUGUGUGCAGAGCACUGUACUAAGCACUUGUGAGAGACUACUUUAUAUCAGAGUCAGAAGACACGUUCCCCGGCCACACUGAAUAACUGAGUAUCGGCUCCCUGGACUAGCCUACGACGCACAUUAUUUUGUUCUGGAAACGGAAUCCUCCACCUCUCUGUAACAAAGUCGACGCCAAUGACCGGAUCGACUUUUGAAAUUGGAGUCUCGAUAGCCCAGACUAGGUUUGGGAAGGGGCAGCAGGGCUCUAGGAACACGGAACCCAAACAAGUCCUGCAAAUUUGUUUAAAUCUAGUCAGCAUCUGCAUUCUAAAAACAAACAAAUGAAAAAACACCGCACAACUGUGCAAACCACUCACCAGCUCCUCUUGGCCCUCUCCUGAGGGAGCUCACAUUACUGAGCUUCUCCGCUUUCACGCUGUCAGCAAGAUCGUCUCGCAUCACAGAGGACGGUAUUAAGUAGCAGCUCACUGAAUAGUCCUUUCAUAACCGUGUGCUGUUGGAAACUUCUAAUUAAUUCAUUAAUAUCUCCAGAAACUUUGGGAAUAGCCUCUCCAGAACUGGCAAACUGUCCAGAGGGGGUGACCCCUUCUUUGCACUGAUUUAUAACCACUAAUCAACAGACUUAUUGUUACCAUUAAUUGCCUUCCCCGGCUAAGGGCUACUCCAGAACAACCACAAGAAAGUAGAAGUCAAAUCUACUGGAUGCUCCUCAUGAACAUAAACCGAAUG